GGGGAAUAGGGGGAACACAAGAGACAUGGCGUCCUAUGGGAACGCACUCCGAGGCUCAAAUCAUCAACACCAUGAUGAUUGCUCUUCACUACUACCGGACGGCCUUCACAAGAUUAACGCGGGGCAAAUGACCGUGUACGCGCCGCGCCGCCACUUCACGUAGAAGAUCAGCAUCGAUACCACGCAAUCACAUGAUGAUGCUGUCACUCCAUCUUCGCUGAGAGGCACCCAGAGCAGAGCAGAUCGUGGAAGCACGCCGUGUUCACGCAACCAUGGUGCUGCGGCCGUGGAGGUUUGCGUGUUUUCUUGCUGCCACAUUCCUUGCCAUCGUGCUUCUGCGGGAGAGGAGUUGGAGCACGACGACCAGCCGCUGGACAGAAUCUUCAUUCGCCUCGGAUGGAGCGGACCAGGAAAUCGACCUGGACGACAUCGAGCAGCUGGAUGGUCUGACCGCUGCCGAGUGCACAGCACACUUUCCCGACUUGUAUGCCGAAGUCGAUCGGGCGGUGAAUUAUUGGAAGGACCAGGACCACUUGAUUACACCAGAGACUGUCAACGUAUCAUGGCAGCAAGAUGGAGCCCUUCGAUUCCUCAUUCACGGAAAUGAAUUGCGCAUUUUGGAAGACCGGCAGUCCAGUGACAACUGGCGCUAUCACGAGCGUACGGUGGGCCAGAUGUCGCUGAUCCAGCGUGCCAUCGACAGCGCGACAGCCGGCGGCGAGAUGUUGCCUACGAUUGAAGCUUCGAUCGCAUUCAUGGACAAGGUGCAGCCUUAUAGCAAGCUGGACAACCAUUCCCUAUGGAUGGUCGGCAGGCUCAAAAUUGAACCACGCCACGAUCGCCUCUGGCUGAUGCCCAACUUCGAUUUCUGGUACGACCGCGGGUUCGGCACCUAUCGCGAAGCACGCAGAAGAGCCAUGUCCUACGACGCACCAUUCUCCGACAAAAUACAGAAACUUGUGUGGCGCGGAAGUGAAUGGGUACAGCGCGACGUGAGAGGCUCCUUACUGAAGGUGACUGAGAAAAAGCCGUGGGCAGAUGUUUUGAGGACAGAUCUCGACGACACCGCGGAGAAGAAGAGGAGGAAGAUGAAGCCCGCAGAGAUGUGCAAGUAUGCCGCACUUGCGCACACGGAAGGCAUAUCAUACUCUGGUAGGCUCGAGUUCAUUCUGCUGUGCAACUCCUUGCCAGUAGUUCACGAUUUGAACUGGAUCGUCUGGUACUCGCAUCUUCUUCAACCAGACGGGCCGCGGCAGAAUUACAUUCCCGUUCACCGGAACUUCUCAAACUUGGAGACGCAGAUGACACAUUAUCUCGAACAUCCUGAUCAGGCCGAAACGAUCAUUGCCAAUUCGCUGAACACUUUUCGAAACAAGUAUUUGACGCGGGCUGCGCAAUCGUGCUAUAUCCGACGACUGAUCCAAGGAUACAGUCAAGUUUCCUUUGAGCCAGAUCCUUAUAGAAGCUCGAAAGAAGGCGGAUCAACAACGGCGCUUCGAGGCCGAUCGUUCGAAAAGUAUUUGAAUGCUCCAAAAACGGGCGAUUACGAAGAUGACGACGUUUGGAUAUGAAGGCAUCAACAACAUCUUGUAAGAAAAGCGUGAUUAGAACAAUCCCAAUCGCUCUCCGCGAGCUUUGCCACUGCUCGCCAUUUUCUCUUGUGACUGGAUGUUGACCCCUCGGCCCUCGGGGGAAAAGGAAAUCUCUCAUGUAUGUUGCUGCUUGUCCAGAUUGAUGCAUAGCUAUUCGCUUUCGUCGCGCCUACUUUCUCCACAAGAUGCGCUGGGUGGCCUCUUCUGCUGACCACCCAAGAGUUCACUCAAAGAGAUGAAACAGCCUCGCUGCAAGAUUUGAGCAGCUAUGGCCUCUGCCCACCACGAGUGUACAAUGUUGCGCGAGAAGAGGGUGGAUGUAACCAGACUCUUGUUACAACAACAGAAAGCGGUGCGUCGUCUCCUCGUUCUUUUCGGGCGAGAACUGUAUGUUUGUACGUGAGGGAUAUGACGACUACUACUACAAUACCAUUGAUAACCC